AAAACGCCCCCGCGCAGGCAAAACAAAAAACUCCCGUGUUAUCGCUCCGCCCUGGAACAUCGAAACCCGGCCGCUCCGAGUUGCACAACAAGAAUCCGCGCGAUCAACGUUGCCUGUGAACCGAGUUUCAGAAGAAAGUGCCUACUUUGCUGAAUGCGCACAUCGCUAGCACGUCUCGCAAGAAUGGUCGUCAAGCAUCACGUCACGGGGUACGAGGAGUUCACGAAGCUGGCGGAAAGCCUGGAAAGCAGCGGCGAACCGGUCCACGUACUCUUCACCGGAAACAAGGACGCGAACGGGGAGAGCUGGUGCCCGUACUGCGUGCAAGCUGCACCCGUCAUCGGUAAAGCUCUCGAGAAGGCCCCGGAAAAGAGCCAUUUCAUUACGGUGGAAAUUGAGCGCCCAUUCUGGAAAGACCAGAACUGUCCCUACCGAAAGGAUCCACGGACACAUCUGGUGUUUCUUCCCACGCUGCUCCGAUGGAGGUCACCGCAGAGGCUCGAUGGGUCGCAGUGCUCCAACGCCGACCUGGUCGAAAUGCUGCUGUGCGAUGAGGAUUGAAAGGCGGUGCUAAGCGCCUUGGAAUGGCCGUUUCUCAUGAUGCGAUUAAGGGCAACAAAGCCAACAGACGGGCGGUUGAGGACAAUGGAAUUGAAAUUAUAUUUGUAAUCUGUCUUUUUCGCGUUAAACCAAUAAAUAACAAAAUGAAGUA